GCAUGUUGUUGCUUUCAUUUUUUUCAUUAUGCCUAACUGCUGUUGCUUUCAAGUAUUUUGUUUUGCUGCACGAACCAAGUCGUAGUUGGCCCCAAUAUCAAAAAUAUCCAGCUUGAAUAAAGAAACCCAGAUUCAAGCUAAUCAAUUGUUACCAAUUCUGUUCUCCUCUCACCACCCUGCCAUAAAACCUAAAACAACACACUCUCAAAACAGGUGUUGAGAGGGCUGUCGCCGUUGCCAGCAUUUUAAAAUUGAAGCUACGAAAACAUUACGCAUUGGAAAACCUCAAACACGUGCAAAGAAAAGCAAUACAAAAAUAUUAAUAAUAAGAACGCAAGUUAAAGCAUUUAAACGUUAAAGCCAAUUUUUCAACUACAACCGUGUUAUUCCCCAUAAAAAAACUAACCAAAACCAAAAAGCAAUUUCAAAGCCGAAACCCAAACAGUAAACAUAAACAUUUAACUAAACGCAUUGAAGCAUUCCAAAUUAGUAUUCUCGGGCAACUAAUUGCCUCCUAGUUUUUAAGUGUACUACGUCCACCAGCAGAAAAGAUGGCGCCAACAACUACAAUUGAAACCAUUACAAUCACAAGGCCGUUGAAGGUCAUUGCAUUUAUAUGUGGCGUCAUUGUCGUCGCACUCAUGAUCAUGGCUCUGGCUUCCACAGAUUGGCUGAUGGCUGCUGGCUGGCGUCAGGGUCUGUUUAUGCAUUGCAUAGAGGAGGAUGUAAUGCCACCGCUGCCGUUUAAUAUUCAGGAUCCUCCUGGCUGCUAUGCAAGUCGCGAUGUCGGUUACAUUAAAGCUACCGCAGCGCUGUGCAUUAUUACAUUAAUAACGGACGUUAUAGCCACAGUGCUUACCGGUUUAGGCUUGAAAUCGCAGAACCACAAUCUCAAAUACAAAUUCUAUCGCAUCGCGGUCUUAGUAAUGCUUGUAUCAUUGCUGGCCGUACUGUCUGCCUUGAUAGUGUACCCUGUUUGCUUUGCAGGCGAACUUAAUCUUGCGAAUCGACCAAUUUGGGAAUUCGGCUGGGCCUAUGGUGUUGGCUGGGGCGCUGCCAUAUUCCUCUUUGGCGCCGUCGUCUUACUGCUAUGCGACAAGGAAUCCGAGGAGAUAUACUAUAAGGAAAGAAAAAUCGUACACGAAAACCAAAUGCGCGCCUAGGCAAGGCCGCACGACCUGCCUGACGUCGUUCUUUAGACAUAAGUAUAUAGCAACAACAACAACAGCAAGAAGACACAC